AUGGUUGGUGAUUUGCGCAGAGCUGUUCCUCAGAUAGAUGCCACUUUGAACGCACCAUUGGACAAGGAUGCUCCACCUACGAUAUACGCUAGUUCGUUGACUCCGUCGAUGGCCACUGCUGCGCUAAACUUGCCAGCUGAUUUCUUGAAGCAGAAGCAAGGUUUGGCUAACAAGACAUUGAUCUGCCACCCCGUGGUUAUAUCGGCAAUAGGGCUCUUUCUGUCCACGUACUUGGCCAUCCAGAUCAAUGUUCCCAAGAACACUUCCAGUUCCAUCGCAGGCUACUUGUACCAGAUAUUUCUGAUGAACAAGAAGGAAGUCAUCACAGCAUUAUUGUUCACUUUGAUUGCAGCAUCUUUCGUGUUCACACUGUUAUCCAGAGUCUCCGAUUUGUACUUCCGUGCUGUGAUCGACAACGUUGUCGAAUCCAAGGGUGAGCAACUAUACGGUGUUAACUUGAAUGACAUCAGUGUGCUCACGAAGAAAGAAGUAGAGCAGAAACCAAAGGAGUUCCGUGAGAACUUGGAAAACACACACAUCAUUAUCUACCGUGAAACUCCGAUUGCUUUAGUGUCUAUCGCAAAGAACAACGUGCUAAGCACAAAGGACUCCUUGGUGAUGAGUAUUUCCACCAUCGGUAGUCGUCGUGUCUACAUCAGAAGUGGUAUCAUUGAAGAUUUGCUGGACUGGGCCAUGAUCCGCACCAGGAAAAUCGGUGCUGCUGGAAACUACGGUAAGUCCAUGAAAAUCAUUUGUGAGAUUUACUCGUUCGACCAAGACAUGAAGAAGAUCCUUAAGUCGAAAGGUUUCGUCAAAGUACAAAGCGCCAGGAUCAAGGAGAAUCGUUUGCUAGGUGGACUGUUCGGGAUUAAGAAAGAGCUGUGGGGGGUCCAGUUCCACUACGAGAAGAAGGAUGAAUGA